AUGAGCAUGAACCUGCCUCUACGGCCUGGAGCCCUGUUCGCAGCACAGCGGCGCGCUGGCGGCCCUCCGCCUACUGCGGAGCUACAACCACUGCUUACCACCAGCACAGCGGCGCGCUGGCAGCCCUCCGCCUACUGCGGAGCUACAACCACUUCUUACCACCAGGUAAACAUAAACAACAUGAGCAUGAACCUGCCUCUACGGCCUGGAGCCCUGUUCGCAGCACAGCGGCGCGCUGGCGGCCCUCCGCCUACUACGGAGCUACAACCACUUCUUACCACCAGGUUGUUAAUAGAAGAGGAGCGGUUGAAAGAUAAACAGGGCGAGCCUUCGCAGUCAUCGUCAUCGGCCUUUGUUGCGAAGAAAAUAGAAAAGAAAGACGCGAAGUGCUUUAAGUGUAAUCUUCGGGGACAUUUUCAAAACGUGCCCAGCGUGGUGGGUCCCCUGCUGGCCGCGCUGCCGCCGCCGCCGUGCCUGCCCUACUGCCAGCACCUGCCCAUGCGCAGCCCGCCACCGCUCCACGGUCUGUCGGAAGAGGCCCGCCGUCGCGGCGAGAAGCGACCAAUCCCCGCCGAGUUAAAGGACGAGAAAUACUUCGAGCGGCGCCGGCGCAACAACCAGGCUGCCAAGAAGUCCAGAGACGCGCGCCGAGUAAGAGAGGACCAGAUUGCAUGGCGAGCCUGCCUUCUCGAGCAAGAAAACGCUUCAUUGCGCGCACAUGUGGCGGCGCUCAGACAAGAGGCGUUAGCGCUGAGGGCGCUGCUAGCGGCUGAUGAGACCGCCGUCCCUACUAGCACCACGGCUGACUAG